CUCAAUACUGCUGUCAAAACAUUCACUUCAACAUUCAUUUUGACCGUCUAUAUACACCUCUUCAACUUUUGGUAAUGCUCUUCAGAUCCACUGGAGUUCUCAGCUUCUAGGAAUAUGAGGAUCAACUUAAAGAGGAUCUUUGCACUUUGUUGUGGCUCAGUCUCUACAAAAAGCAUGCAGUGUCAGUGGGUACACACUGUAGGUCCCCAUAUCCGGAGUGCGCCAUUUUGUACGCUUCCUUUUUAUGCUGCAGUUUUCAGUUACCAGCAGGCCCCAGUCGUAUGAAGCAGUGGAGCCCCUGGACCUGGAGGAGUAUUUGAUGUCACAGCUACGAAGCGGAGACUCUGACCUGAUGCAAGAACUCGGAGACUUCCCUGAUGAUGACCUGAAAGUGGAGCAUGUGGAGAAGGAGUGUCGCACCGCUAGACACUCUGUCCCCGAAGAUGGAGUGGAGUUGGAGCCCCAUGUCAGAGACUGCAUAAAGAGUUACACCCAGCCGUGGCUUGUGGUCUCUCGAAGGUGCCAGGGGGAUGGUUGGACAGCGUAUUCUGAGCGAGCUAGCCUACACAAACUCCUUCGGAAACAGACCUUUGAGUCCGACGUCCAGCCAGAAAACCAGCAGAAACCAGUCAAAUCUCCGACUCUAGCUGGGCUGAGUGACGACUCUGGCCGCACGCUGACCUCCUCCGACUUUAACCUGCGGUGUUUAACUCCGGACCAGAGAGUGGAGCGGCUGUUGGCCUUCAGCAGCCAUGACGAGCUGGACCGCUUCAACCAGGAGGCGCGACAGGGAAACAGACACCCCGAGCUGUUUGCACUGUACCCACCAGCUGAUGAGGAAGAUGCUGUGGAGAUCCGGCCUAUUCCUGACUGCCCCAAAGAACACAAUGGAGACCGCAUCCUAUUCCGAUGCCAGGCCAUCAAGUUUGAAAUUGAAAUUGAGCCCAUAUUUGCAUCUAUGGCCUUGUAUGACCUGAAAGAGAAGAAAAAGAUAUCAGAGAACUUCUACUUUGAUCUGAACUCGGAACAGUUUAAAAAUUUCUUGAAACCUCACACGCCACAUGUGGACCCGUCCACCCUGGCCCGAUCUGCCAUCUUCUCCAUCACCUACCCUUCCCCAGAUAUCUACUUGGUCAUCAAGAUUGAAAAGGUUCUCCAGCAGGGAGAGAUCAGUGACUGUGCUGACCCCUACAUGACAUUGAGGGAAUGUGACUCUACAAAGAACAAGGACAAACUUGAGAAGCUGCGGGGCCAUGCGGAGGCUUUCUGCCAGAGGCUGGGACGCUAUCGCAUGCCUUUUGCCUGGGCAACUGUCAGUAUCAUGGAAGUCAUCUCCACUGCUGCAAUAGACCGCGACAUCACAGACUCUGAUAGCUUAAAAGGAGUUAAAUCCAGCAGCAUUGACCGGAAAGGACAGCUCCCCAGGAGGAAUUCAGAACGUUACAGUACCAUUGAUGAUCAAUUUUGUAACGUUUCUGCCUUCAGGUCUGCAACCAUCACUAUCAGCACCAUCUUCAAACAGGAGGGAGAUCGUUUGAGUGAUGAGGACUUGCUCAAGUUCCUGGCUGAUAUCAAGAAAACCUCUGCGCCACAGAGGAGAAUCAAGACGAUAUCAGGCUCCAUAAAACUGGAAAUGUCUUCAGUCCAAGACACGCCACUGGGAUGUUUGUCCACUGAGCUCAUCCCUCUCAUGCCAGUGGCUGAGAAAACCAGUCGGGUAGUCAAAGAGGUGCUGGAGUUCCCAUCCAGUGAGGUUUAUGUCCCUCACAACAUUUACAGGAACCUGCUCUAUGUCUACCCCCAGAGGCUCAACUUUGUGAACAGACUGACAUCAGCAAGAAACAUCACCAUCAAAAUCCAAUUUAUGAGCGGAGAACCUAGCUGUUCUCUGCCUGUAAUUUUUGGGAAAUCAAGUGGCCCUGAAUUUUUGCAGGAAGUCUACACCCCAGUUACCUACCAUAACAAGUCCCCAGACUUCUAUGAAGAAGUGAAGCUGGCUCUUCCUGCACAUCUGACAGAGAGACAUCACUUGCUGUUCACCUUCUACCACAUCAGCUGCCAGCAGAAGCAGAACCAGAGCGGCAGCUGUGAGACACUCAUCGGUUACUCUUGGCUGCCCAUAUUGAAUAAUGAUCGGCUGCAGACUGGUCAGUUCUGUCUGCCCAUUGUCUUGGAACGACUGCCUUCCAACUACUCACUACACAUGCCUGAGAAAGUUCCUCCUCAGGCCUCGAUCAAGUGGAUGGAGAGUCACAAAGGACUUUUCAACCUCGAGAUCCAGGCUGUGUCGUCUGUACACACACAGGACAACCACCUGGAGCGUUUUUUCACCCUCUGCCACGCCCUGGAGGGUGGAGCUAUAUUCCCUCUACGGGUCAGGGAGGAGAAGAUUCCAGAGAACAAGCUGGAGCAUGAGCUGAAGCUCAGCAUCAUCUCCCUGUCCUCCUCCAGUUUAGAGCCUCUGGUUCUCUUCCUCCACCUGGUGCUGGAUAAACUCUUCACCCUCAUCAUGCAGCCCAUGGUCAUCGCCGGCCAGACAGCCAAUCUGGCCCAGAUAGCCUUUGAAUCAGUGGUGUCUAUUGUCAACAGUCUUCAUAACAGCCAGGAACUGAUCAGGGACCAGCAGGGUAGGAACAGCCUCUUGGCGACCUACCUUUACUGGGUGUUUCGUCUACCUGAUCCUCCUCGUGACAUGCAGAAUGCAGGGUCAGGGAGUAUGAUACCUUCGGCAGAGAGCCGAUACAGCACCAUGGGACGGGCCACAGCAGCCACAGUUGGCAAUAUGCUUCUCCAGUCCAGAGUCCGCAGCAGCAGCAACCCUGACAUCCCCACUCCACACGCCUCCACUGAAGAUGCCGAGGUCAAAAACAUCCUCUUUGCCAAGGGUCACAACAACCCAGGCAGCCGCAUGUCCACUUAUGUGGACAUAAAUAGCCACCAGAGUCCCACAGGAAGCACCAGGCCCUCCAACAGAAAGCAGUUUCAUGAGGAGCUGGCCCUACAGAUGGUCGUCAGCACCGGGGUCUGCAGAGAGAAUGCGUACAAAUAUGCCUGGUUCUUCUUUGAGCUACUGGUGAAAAGCAUGGCUCAGCAUGUGUCUCAGCUGGACAAGCAGAGUGUCCCUCGAAGAAGUCGCUUUUCUGACCGAUUUAAAGAUGACAUCACCACCAUUGUCUCUGUGGUUACAGCUGAGAUUGCGACCAUCCUUGUCAAACAACAAAAGGAGGUAGAGCAAGCGGAGAAAGUCAACAUUAGCCUCGCCUUCUUCCUCUAUGACCUGCUGUCUCUCAUGGACAGAGGAUUUGUCUUCCAGCUGGUGAAAAACUACUGCAACCAGAUGUCAGCUAAAACCGUUUCAAUGCCGACAUUGAUCAGCAUGCGUCUGGAGUUCCUGCGAAUCUUGUGCAGUCACGAGCACUACCUCAACCUGAGCCUCUUCUUCAGCAGCCCUGCCUCUGCCCCUGCCUCACCAUGUCCAUCCAUCUCCUCACAGAGUUCCGGUUCAUGUAGUUUCCAGGAGCAGCAGAGCAUCUUAGGACUGUUUGAGCUUUCUCAGGAAUUCAAGCAGCAGCACUACCUCGCUGGUCUGCUUCUGACAGAGCUCAGUGCUGCUCUAGACAUGGAGUCAGAGGGAGGAAAGGUCCAGAGAAAAGCCAUCAAUGCCAUCUAUAGCCUGUUGUGUUCGCAUGAUCUGGACAACCGCUGUAUUAAACCGGAGGUCAGAGCCAAGGUGGCUGCUCUCUACCUCCCCCUGGUUGGGAUUAUCAUUGACUCCACCAAUUAUCUGGAUUUCACUGUUUCUGACACGCGCGGCGGGAAAAACAAGACAGGCGGACCUGAGGAUGACCUUGAAAAUGUCCCACCCAUCAAUCAGUCUGUUGCCAUGGCGAUCGCUGGAAACCCCUUCAACACGCUGGGACGGAAUGUUCUCGUUUCCAUGGCAUCCACGCAAGGUAAAUCCAUAGCCACCCUGGCAGCAGACACCAGUCGCCACCUGUUGGUGUGUUUCCUGUGGGUGAUGAAGAACGCUGAUAGGAGUCUAAUUCAGCGCUGGACCGUAGAUAUGCCUCCCUCACAGCUCAACAAGCUGCUGGAGCUCCUCACUAUAUGUGUGUCCUGCUUUGAGUAUAGGGGUAAGCAGAGCGGUGACAAAGUGAGCACCCAGGCCUUACAGAAAUCUCAGCAGGCCAAGCUGCAGCUGGAAGAAGCCCUGCUGAGAGGAAUGGGAGCCCGCGGGGAAAUGAUGAAACGAGUUGGAGGAAUGGAUAGGACCAUGGGUCAGAGAGAGAACCUGCGAUGGAGGAAAGACCUCACUCAGUGGAGACAGACCAAUGACAAACAGGACAAGACUAAAGCAGAGUUGGACCAGGAGGCUCUGAUCAGUGGGAACUUAGCCACAGAGACAAACCUCAUAGUGCUGGACCUGCUAGAAACCAUCGUACAGGCGUUGCCAUUGGCUGAGUGUAAGGACAGCGUGGUUGGCGGGGUGUUGAAGGUGUUACUCCACUCUCUUACCUGCAACCAGAGUACAACUUUCCUCUCUCACACUUUCAGCACACUCAGAGCACUUGUUGUCAAGUUUGGGGACCUGUUGUUUGAGGAGGAGGCAGAGCAGUGUGCAGACCUGUGCCAGAAGGUUCUUCAGUACUGCAGCAGCCCUGUCGAUGAGAACAGGAGCCAGGCCUGUGCCACCCUCUAUCUCAUCAUGAGAUACAGCUACAGUAAUGCCAGUAACUUCUCAAGAGUGAAAAUGCAGGUCACCAUGUCUCUGGCCUCGCUGGUGGGCAAGUCGUCAGACUUCCAGGAGGAAUACUUGCGACGUUCACUCCGUACCAUCCUGGCCUACGCAGAGGAGGAUACUGAGAUGCAGAACACUCAGUUGUCCUCACAGGUGGAUGAGCUUCUAAGAAACCUUAACAGUAUUUUGUCAGACACAGUGAAGAUGAGGGAGUUCCAGGAAGACCCUGAGAUGCUGAUGGACCUCAUGUACAGGAUAGCGAAGGGCUAUCAGACGUCUCCUGACCUUCGUCUGACCUGGCUGCAGAACAUGGCAGAGAAGCACAACAACAGGAAGUGUUAUACUGAGUCGGCUAUGUGUCUGGUCCAUGCUGCUGCCCUGGUGGCUGAGUACCUCAGCAUGCUGGAGGAUCACAAGUACUUGCCUGUUGGGAGUGUCACCUUCCAGAACAUCUCUCCCAAUGUGCUGGAAGAGUCAGCGGUGUCGGAUGACAUCCUUUCCCCGGAUGAGGAUGGGGUGUGUUCGGGACGCUACUUCACUGAGAGUGGCCUGGUGGGAUUGCUUGAGCAGGCUGCCGAACUGUUCAGCAAUGGUGGUCUCUACGAGGCAGUGAAUGAGGUCUACAAGAUCAUCAUACCAAUUCUAGAGGCUCACAGAGAUUUCAGAAAACUGGCAUCCACUCAUGACAAACUACAGAGAGCCUUUGAUAACAUCAUUCAGAAGGGCCAUAAGAGGAUGUUUGGAACCUAUUUCCGGGUGGGUUUUUAUGGGACCAAGUUUGGCGACCUGGACGAACGAGAAUUCAUUUACAAGGAGCCAGGGAUCACACAUCUGCCUGAGAUAUCACACAGGCUCGAGAACUUCUACAGCCAGUGUUUUGGAGACGACACAUUGGUGAUGAUCAAGGACUCCACACCAGUGGACAGAAAACAACUCAACCCCAACAAGGCAUAUAUCCAGAUCACUUAUGUGGAGCCCUACUUUGAUGACUAUGAGAUGAAAGACCGGCUGACAAACUUUGAGAAGAACUUCAACUUACGGCGCUUCAUGUACACCACGCCCUUCACCAAGAGCGGACGGCCGCGGGGUGAACUCAACGAGCAGUAUAAGAGGAAGACCAUCCUCACCACCAUGCAUGCCUUCCCCUACGUCAAGACUCGCAUCAACGUCAUCCAGAAAGAGGAGUUUGACCUGACUCCUAUUGAGGUGGCCAUAGAGGACAUGCAGAAGAAGACUAGAGAACUAGCAGUUGCCACACAUAGAGAACAGCCUGAUGCUAAGAUGUUACAGAUGCUGCUACAAGGCUCUGUGGGAGCCACUGUUAACCAGGGCCCGUUGGAGGUGGCCCAGGUCUUCCUGAAUGAGAUCCCAGCAGACCCAAAGCUGUUCCGUCACCACAAUAAACUGCGCCUGUGUUUCAAAGAGUUUAUAAUGAGGUAA